ACACUCUUGUGGCCCUUUAUGGAAGGUGCUACAAAACUCAAUCCAAGUCGAUUUUACAGCGAUCUCAUCGCCUUCAACAAGUCUCUAAAAAGUGAAAUAGUGAAUUUCCCGACAGUAAAUGGAGUGUCAAUAAACUUGUUUGCAUUGUACAACCAAGUGACCAGUCUUGGAGGAUACAGAGCAGUGUCAUCCUCAAAUAAAUGGAACGACGUGGCCAAUUCAAUCGGACUCCUCGGCCAUUCCCUCGCCUUUCCCAACCACCUCAGGCAAAUCUACAACCGAUAUUUGGAACCAUUCGAGCAAAGAGGCAACCGCGAUAACAAAUUAUUCGAAUCUCAAACAAAACGGGAAGUCGACAUGUUUUUUACCCUUCCAAUGCACUGCCACUCCAGAAAGGGUAUCAUAACUGUCGACAUUCCCAGAAUCAGCGAGUAUUUAUAACCCAACCUGCCACUUGGAAAUGUCUUUGCUUUCGGGGAUCCCUUCGUGUGUCAAUUUUGCCAUCAAAUGUGUUUUGGUGAUGACUUCAGAAGUGCCUCUCCCAAGAAUUGACUUUUGGAAAUGUCCUCAUCUCUUUGAACUCCUUCUGGCUUGGGUUGGCUUCAAUAAAGACCGUUCUUAUGACAGAGUGUUGGACUAUCACUGGAAAAGACUGUCAUUUGUCUCAUAU